AUGCAGCUCUUCUACUGCAACCCCUCACCAAGGAGGGGCCUCGGCGUCGUCCUGGCCAUGUUGUGCAUGCUCAUCAGCCUGGCGGCGGCGGCGACCAGGAUCAAGGACGGCGCCGAUCCCUCCAUCAUCCGCGUGGGUGACAUGUACUACUCGGUCGAGUCGGGGGGAAACGGCAUCGACGUGCGGCGGGCGUCGACGAUCCUGGGCCUGGGCGGCGCGACCUCUGGGAACGGCAACUUGAAGCGCGUGUGGACCGCCGGCAGUUCCGACAUGGGCGACGUCUGGGCCCCCGAGAUCACCAUCGACUCGGGCCGCACCUACAUCUACUUUGCCGCCGGGCCCGGGGACGCCAAGCGCACCUAUGUCAUCAGCGCAGACCAGCCCUACGGCACCUACUCGGCCGCCCAGAAACUCAACCUGCCCGACGACCGCUGGGCCAUCGACGGCGCCCUCUUCACGUUUGAGGGUCAGCGGUGGUUCGUCUGGUCCGGCUGGGCGGGCACCACAAACGUCGAGCAGAACAUCUACAUCUGCAGGAUGAAAUCGCCCACGGAACCAACAGGACUGCGAUAUAUUAUCUCGCAGCCCCGCGAAUCUUGGGAGCGUGACGUGGGCAACCCCUACAUCAACGAAGGCCCGCAGCCCAUCGUGGACCCCAACGGGCAGCUGCACAUCGUGUACUCUGCCAACGGCAGCUGGGGAAACAAGUACUGCCUGGGCGACCUGCGGCUGCGCAAGGGCGGCGACCCGACCUACGUCUGGGACUGGUACAAGUCCAACGGGUGCCUGUUCGGAUCCGCCCAGGCCAACAUGAUGCCCGGCUGGGACGCGACGCUCGAGAUCGACGGGCCGGGCCACCACACCUUUGUGCUGCCCAAGGGCGACGUCCAGCUGAGCCCCGGAGGCACCAAUCACAUCCCGUUUGUCUUCCACGGCGUCCGCAAGGGCACCUACUACAGCUGGACGAACCGCGACUGGUUCACCGGCAGCUUCGUCUGGUGGGGGAGCACCACCUACCGCCGCAGCAACGUGCCGGGUGCCAACCAAGACACCGGCUUCGGCUUCAAGUUCUUUGAGUGA